AUGCGGCUGAGCCAUAGUGAGACAAACGAUGGCAAGGAGUCUAUCCAGGCCGUUUCGGACACUGAGACGCUACCGCGGGCCUGGAGCACCAUCAUCCUAUUCAGCUACUUUCUUUCAACUUCUUCAUUGCGCUUACUUGGCAUGGAAGGCGUUUACAUUACCCCCCCGUCUUCAGCGGGUGCCAAAACAUUCAGCGACGCGACGAAAAAACCGCCUGACUCGGGCAUAAUUAUUACGUUUCAGCGAAUCGAUAAAGCUAUUAUAGCGUCAAAUACUGAUGAAGAAGCCAAUAAAACAUCAGUCCCAGGUCUAGGGAGCUCUGUGGGGACCAUCGGGUUGGCCGUGCUGUUAAAGAAAUGUGGUAUCAGCGCCAACGUUGGUAUGGAUGAUGUUUCCAUGGCCAUGAUCAAAGAGGGUAUGAUUGCUAUUGGUCUGGCCAAGGAGUUUGACUUCUGGAGCUCCCCUUCCUCUAGGCUCCUUGAUGAUGAUCUCACCCUCUUGGAGUACGUGGAUCACGUAUCAAAGCUAACGAAAGAGCCCGAGUUGGACGUGAGAAUCUACUACGGACUCAAAAAGGAUCAUGAUCAGCAGACAAUCCAAGAUAUCUACAAGUCGGGGAAUUUCGUCAUCAAGGUGGUCCAGAUCAAGAAAGACAAAACUCAGGCUGUCCAAUCUUUCAGAGUGAUGAAGUCGCGUCCAGAAGAUGCGAGCAGCGACAUUCUUGUUCUCAUCACCAAACACCAGUUCUGCCUACCCGAUGAAACCCCUCUCCCUGAUACCACCGCGUUCGGAGAAUACGUCGAUCUUCUUGACGAGGUCUGUCCUUAUGAGGAUAGCGUGCCAUCAAUCACCCUCAGGUUCAGGGACGCUUCAUCUCUCAUCGAUGAAUCCAAGUCAAAUCCAGCCCUGGCAGCUUCAGGGGGAAACAAACAAGCCCCAAAGUCUGAGAGUUCUAGCUCACCAUCAUCUCUGGAUGAAUUGCAAUGGAAUCUGGUCAUGAAGAACUGUCAAGUCAUGCACGGCUGGUACCUUGAACCCGCAACCAACGAGAUCAAGAUGGCACCAAAGCCAGCAUUCCGUCUUAGGCCAGGUCUGAACCUAGGCUACAUGUAUACAUCAGACGGCGCAGUCAAUGUGCAGAAAGCCAUGGGAGCCGCUGCUAUAGAUGCCAUUCCCAACUAUGGCGUCACUGAUGGCUCCAAAAUUGAUGUCGUCACUGUUGAGAGCGAUAUCCGGCAUUCUCUUGUUCGCAACAGUUUUGACAAGUCUUCCAUGGAUAGCAAAAUCGCCAUUGGCUACUCAGGACUGGGCGUGAACAUGUCUGUCGGAUCUUCCCUCGACUCCCAGCGUGGGAAGUCGUCGGAGAACAAGAAAUCCAUCAAGAACAUGAUUGGCAGAUACAAGCUUCCCCGAGUCACUCUAUUCCUCAAUGCGGACGAUCUCGUUCCGACCCAAGAAUUCAUAGACAACGUCGAAAAGAUUAAGGGGCAGGAGCAUACGGACCCGACGGACGUCCGCAAAUUCUACGAACGAUUUGGACAAUUCUUCUGCCAUGAGGUCAUUCUCGGGGGGAUGCUGGUUUCGACCAAGACUCUGGUUGGCAACGAAACUCUCGAGGAAGAACAGGAGCGCAUUGGCUUCAAGCACGCCAUCGGAUUAAGUGUUUCCUCUCCGGUCAAAGUCGUUCUUGGUGCGGAAUCAAAGAAGGAAAGCACCUCGGGUAAUGAUCAAAGCGCCAAUCGCAGCUACAGAGACAGCAAUGACAGCGUGGUAUUCGAGGCGAGAUCGGAUAUGAAGUUGAUCCUCGACUCGUUGGUCGAAAGCGGGAAUCCUCAAUAUCAUAGUGCUGCGACAGUGUUCAAUCCCACACCUCACGUUCCGGUAUCGAAAUUCAUUGAUAUCCCGAAAAGUGCGAAAAUUAUUACGCAGUUUCGAUUUAAGACGAAAAGUACGAAUAAGGAAACGACGCACUAUCUUCGUCAUGACAUUCAGAAACUCGUCGAGCUCAAAUCGACGGGUGAACGAAUGGUAAUGCCAGAAAAAUUCCAGGGCCCUCGGGUCGAACCCUACGAAUCUGAAUGGGACGAUCAGGAUGGCAUAUGGACCAUAGCUCCAGUACUGAACGCUAGGGUAUGUUGUCAAGGCCGAUCGCAACUGGUUGACGGCUCCAUGGUCACAAUUCGCUCCGGGCGUGAUACGCAAAGGUUCCUCUCCGUUCUCCGAACUUCGUCAGGGAUCUUUCUUCCCUGCAUCACAACUUCGGAGCAAUUCAUAUGGAGAGUCCGAGAUGUUUCGCUACCCAAGUCCCUCAAGACGGCCAUCGCAGGAAAGUCAUCUUCCAAUCCGCUCAGGCAUGACGCGUCUCUCUGCUUGACUUUUGAGUUUGCCGAUAACCCUCGGGGCUUCCGAGAUUUCAAAGACGAUGUUCGCGGCUUCCGUAACGUAGAUUAUCCUUUCAAAACUCGAUUGGUCCUUGUUGAAUCACUCAGCAAGACGGUCAUCUGGCCGGACCGCAGAGUGCUCCUUCUUGCCGACGGAGAUGAUCUUUUGUCUAAUUCUACUACCACCAGAAUUAUGGACUUGGAUGAUGCCGAGAUCUCUGUGAGAACUGCAAAGUUCAAUAUCGACGUCCGUGACCCAAGGGAUGACGACUAUGACAUUUUGCUAGAGGAAGGAAAUUCCAUCGAGGAGAGACUCAAGGAGCAGCAAAAGAAAUUGAAAACUAGAGAUCAGGGAGUCUCAGGGUAA